AAGUACUAAUUAUAUGUAAAGCAUCGUAACUUGUCAGAGUUUUUCAUGGCGCUGUCAACCAUUGACAUAACGUAUUAUUAAGGCGUACUAACAUAGAUACACGAGUCUAUUUUAUCCUAGUGGAAAAUAACCGCCGACAAGACUUUUGGGACAUCUUCAAACGAAACAAGCUUCUACUUAAAGUGAAGGAAAACUUCUUACUUUUGUAUGGUGCUCAAAUUUGGAAACAAUUUCUUAUUUCACAAUUUACAUAAACCAGUGAUGAAAUCUGUGUUAUGUUUCUGCAUUCCGUUUGCUUUGCUUUUAACCGGAAGUGCACAGCCCCAGUUUAAUAGACCACAUCCGCUUUAUAGCGGACAGCAACAGUACAACAACAACAACAACAACAAUAAUAACAAUCUUCUGGCGCUAGCACUACUUUUUGGUUUCGAUUUCAAUGAUUUCUUGGCUCUUCAAGCAACGAGACAGUCACCAGGUUUUGGAAAUCUAGGAUUGGGACCACUUGCUUAUGGCUUAGGAAAUUUUGGUAUCCAACGUCCUGGCGCUCAGAAAAGAGCCCAGCAAAGCUUAAAUGCCCUGUCUAUGCUGGGAAUUAUCGACGGUCCGGACCUACCGGACGGACCGCCAGCUGGAGUUGGUAAACAGGGCGGAGCAAAACGAGGCGGAGCUAAGGCCAAAGCAGCAGCUGGUGGUGAGGGGGCAGAGGGUGCUCCCGUUAAAAAGCCUAGACGAAGGGGGCCAAGAAGGAAAGUAAAGGCAAAGGCAGCUAACGCAAAGAAAUAGAACUAAAUGUAAAUGGUUUUUAUAUAUCGUGUGAAAGCAAAGACUUGCAUGAAAUGCAACAUUGAAAACAGAACUGUAAUAUAUAUGUCAAUUAAUUCAAAUAUAUUUCAAGAAUGAAAUUAAAAUGAUGUAUGGAAAUAUAGUUUCACGACAAAUAAUACAAAGAACUAGUUUAAAAUUUAAUGUUAUGUUUUAUGCCAUAAACAUCAGAAAUAGACGUGCAAAAGAGUUGGUGAAUAUUUUUAUGAAGGCUUUCUGACGAACACAUUUCAUAUUUAUGUAU